UAGUGGAAUGACAGGAUGGAAUACGAUUCAGGAUGGAGUGCUAAUUUCAUUUUCGAAUAUGAAUGCCACUUCCUAUGAUCCACACACUGACACCAUUUCCAUACAACCUGGCAUUAAUUGGGGAAAUGCAUCGACCAUCGUCGAACCAUUUGGAGUAGCUCCGGUAGGGGGGCGUAUCAGUAAUGUUGGAACCGGUCUUCUUCUCGGGGGUGGCUUAAGCUAUCUGUCUCCCUCCCAGGGCUAUGCUGCCGAUAACUAUGUAUCUCUUGAUGUUGUUCUCAUGGACGGUACUUUAGUAACUGCCACCGCCAACAAUCAACAUGCAGAUCUUUUCAAAGCAUUAAAGGGGGGAGGAAAUCGGUUCGGCAUUGUAACCCAGUAUAUAGUGAAGGCAGUACAUGUUGGAAGAGAGCAAGACAAGAUAUACUGGGGCGGUAUCUUUGUGUAUCCUAACUCAUCUGCCGAAGCACUUCUCCCUGCUAUAGCACAUUUCGCUCAUGAUACAAACGACACAAAUGCUGUCCUUGCCACGGAUUUCAUAGCUAGUUGGAGCACCACAGGUGUUGAACCAGUCAUUCAGCUCGAAAUGUUCUAUAAUGGUACUGCGGCAUCCUUCAAUGAGUCCUUUGCAGAAUUUCUUGCAAUCCCAUAUACAUCUUCCACGGCUGGACCUCUAUCAUAUCUUGAUCUAGUCAACGAGGUCAAUUUUCCGUACGGAGAAGGAAAUCUGUUUUCUGGUAGUGUCUUAGCAGGUGUUCCAUCCAACUCUCCCGAGAGCUCCGACAAACUGAUCAAUAAUUACAUGGAGACUUACCGACUAUUCAACAAUUUCAGCAUGACAUAUGCAAAUUCAUCGGAAAUUCAAAGCACCCUCCUCAGUUUCACGCCUGUGCUACAAUCACAAAUACGCAUAAGCUACGAAAAAGGGGGUAACGCCAUAAGCCCACCUAUGGGACAAGGAGGAUUUAACGAGGUUCUCUUCGCUGUGACAUACAGUGCAGGUGUCAAUCAGGCCCCGGAGAACAUUGAGCAAGGAAGACAAUUCUGGAUUGAGAACACUCCGAGAACUGCAGGACUGCCGCUAUUUGCGAAUGAGGCUGAUGCCAAUCAACAAGUCCUUGCAUCCUAUGGAGAAUACAAUUUCCUCAGGGAAGUUUAUGCCAAGUACGAUCCUAGCAGAUUCAAUGUCCGCCAUACGCCAGGGCCUCUUGGACUAUAGAAAUUGAUUAAACUCAUUGCUCAUUAAGAUUGUGUUUCAUUUUAUUAUUAUUCCCCCUUGAAUGUUUUCGUUUUAUCGGCCAAUUGGACUAGCUACAAAUUAUUUGUAUACUUACACACCUUACCAGAUUGUACUUCUUUUCGUGGUACAUGUACUCAAAAUUAAUUGAAUUAUCG